CUAGCACAGUCUACCUCAUCCUCACCGUCGUUUUGAGCCGUCGGAGUAUGGGCUAGUUUUGAAGCUAUUGAAUUGUGUUCACAGUCGGAGUAAAGGCUAAUUUUGCUGCUAUUGAAUUGUGUUCACUUCUGAUGUGUGUUGUUGUGUGUGGAUAAAAAGGUUUCCAAUUACUAGAUUAAAGGGCAAAUGUGUAACUCAUUCCAUAAAAAGUCAAAUCGGACAAUAAUUUUGGGACAAAUUUUUUUUGUUAAAGUGGACAAUAAUUAUGGGACGGAGGGAGUAUAAUUUUUUAUCCUCUCCUUUUUGGGGAUGACAACAAGUUGUGUGUGUUUUUCCUUGUUGCAAUAAUGACAGCCGGUUUAGAAGUCAAUCCGACCCAAUCCGGUCCGAGUCGGUGGGGUUUUUUUUUUUCAACAUUACCAAAAAGUCCUCACACUUUCCAAACGCACUAAUAAACACACAACAAACAACAAGCUGACAAACAUACCCUGCAAAGACGCCUCCUUUUUUAAUUUUCCCCUCAUUUCUCUCCCUCUCUCUCUCUCUUUCUCCGGCAACUCUCGCCGGAAAAUUCUCCGUCGUUCUCCGACGCGAGCCUUCAUCCAUGGCUGCGAACAACCAACCACCUCACGAAGGAUACACCACCGAUGACUUCCUCGAGCAAAUUCUCCAAAUCCCUUCUUAUUCCGGCUUGCCGGUAAAUGACGUCGGCAGCUCAUCGGACACCGCUUCACUCACCUCAGCUGUCUCUCAGCUUAGCUCCGUUGCUGGCGGUGGUUUACAUCAUCAUCCGCAGCUGUUUCCCUUGGGAUUGAGCUUGGAUAGCGGCCGUGACGACGAAAGAGAAUCGUUGAAUAUGGGCAACCUGUAUCCUGGCUUUGAACAGUUACAGCCUCAUGGAAUUCGGCAUACCGCUCCUCCGGUUCAACAGGCUUUUCAAGGCCAACCAACACAGAGCACUGCUGUGACCGUGCCACACCCACCUAGCAUUAGGCCAAGGGUUCGUGCUCGGAGGGGGCAAGCAACUGAUCCCCAUAGUAUAGCUGAGCGGUUACGCAGAGAAAGGAUAUCCGAGAGAAUAAAGGCUUUGCAAGAACUUGUUCCUAGCUGUAACAAGACAGAUAGAGCUGCGAUGCUUGAUGAGAUCCUAGAUUAUGUGAAAUUCUUAAGGCUUCAAGUUAAGGUGGGAUCGAGUCAGUUAUGCAAUCAUUUAAAAUAGCUCGUUCUUUGACUUAUCGUCUCUGUUACUAUGCUUAAAUGUUUGUCAUUUUUGUCUCAGAAAGUUAGUUCAAUCAGAAUAUGAGUGAAGAAAGUUAGUUCAUUUAUGUGAGCUAAGCAUUUGAUAUAAUGGUACCAUCAUUUUGUGGACAGAGAAGUAUAAAAUAUAGUUACUUUUAACUUUCAAGACGUGGUUAGUGGAAAUCCAGGGUAACUGAGAGGAUUUAAUGGAAUAGGUCAUAUUGUUUGUGCAAGAUUUGAAAUUUGAUUCCGGUGUCAUCUGUUUGUGUAAACCUGAUAGAGUUUUCUGGACACACUAGUUUAUUUGUUAUGCUGACUUUAUUUCUUCAUCAAUGAUUUUCUUGAGCAGGUAUUAAGCAUGAGUAGGCUUGGGGGGGCUGGUGCAGUGGCACAGCUUGUUGCUGAUAUUCCGCUGCAUCCUGUUGAGGUAUUUCCUAGGGAUAAUUUUUAUUUUUUUUUUUGAUGGAUGACCGUUGAGCUCAUGAUAGGUGCACAUUUCCCAAGUUUUAAUGUUUUUUUCUAACCUAAAUUUGGUUCUCCACCUGUAGGACAACCAGCAAGUUUGGGAGAAAUGGUCCAAUGAAGAAACUGAAAGAGAAGUAGUUAAGCUUAUGGAAGAAGAUGUUGGUGCCGCAAUGCAGUUUCUUCAGUCAAAGUCACUUUGCAUCAUGCCAGUGUCACUUGCAGCACUAAUAUAUCCUACGCUCCAAUCAGAUGACCCUUCACUUGUGAAGGCCGAACCGACAGCCCCUUCAUGAAGGCUAGUUUCUUAAAGUUAUCUUUAGAGCUCCCUAUUUCAACCCAUUAUGUCGUUUUCAAUCUACCAUUAGUCUCUUCCGGUCCAUGGCAAUGCAUUCUUUGUCAGAUGCCAUAUAUAUGUUACUGCCUUCUUUUGGUCUGUCUAUUUUGCCCUGGAGCUCUAUUGGAUAAGAAAUGAUGUCAUACCCUCAUAAAGCUUGACCAGUUGUGGUAUUAGGUCUGUAUUAAAUUGCUUAAUGGAGGGAUUAUGUACCAAAAAGUCAUAAAAGUUCAAAUAUUUAUUCCCCCCUUUUUAGGUGUGUGGGAUUGUGGGGGAUGAUCCUCUUUGUAGUUUGUGGAUAGUGGGCGUCGGAGCCGUGAAAAUGAUCGGCUACUUGUAAUUAUAACCUAUUGUAAGAUUAAUUGGAAUAUGCUUAGUAGUAGUAGUACCUGAUUGAUGAAACUCCCUUGCUUCGUUGCUCUUUACUUCUUGAUAUGAGACGCUGGUAGUGAGCAUGACACCUUGUGUUCCUAUUUGUCUCCGACAACAGCGAGAUUACUACCCUUUCCCAAGGGUUCUUGUUUCUUUAUUCGGAUACUUUCCAGUUACUGGGCUGCAAUUCUAAGCUGCAAUUCUAAGCAGAUCUCGAUGCCAUCAUCAGUAAAACACCAUUUCAGAACUCAGAAGUUUCUGUUUUCUUGGGAUGCUUUUUAUAUACCCUGAGAACUCAUUGUUGAGCCACUCAUCCUAUAGGCCGUUCCCCUUGUUUUUUUAGCCCACUCUUGGUACCUAAUGACCUAAGUCACCUAACCCAAGUUACAUUUCUGUCACCUGUGUGUUUGGAGGUCAAUCAAUAUAGACCAAAUGAGAACUCUGUCAAGGAGAAUUGUCCUUCAAAAGGGGCUUGCUUGGUUCAAUUUGGGAUUAUUCAAAAACAGCAAAUAAUUUUUUAUUUUUUAUUUUUUGAAAAAAAAAUUGUUGGGACUUGGGACAUGGGUACGGAAUAUUACAAAAAGGAGGACUAAUUAGAACUAUUGUG